CUAGAUUCCUAUAUGUUAUGUUUGUAUCUGGAGCAAUUCUUCAUGAACACAUUACAAUGAUAGCAUAGAUACUCAAAAGCUUCAAGGAGACCCUUUCCUCGGGUUUGUCUCUUUCUUUCUAUCUCACCUUUAUUCCUUGCUAUUUGAUUGUAGCAGAACCAGCUAGGAAGAAGGGAGAGAAGUUGAAGAAGAAAGAUACCAGGGAAAGGGAGAAUAAAGGUUGAAUUCAAAUCUCGAAAAAUUGUGCAGCAUAGGAUAGUGUUCACCAGAAGGCAGGUGUUCCCGAAUCGUUUCCAGUUAGACCAGUCUUAGGUUACUGAUUGUAUUUUAGCUAAGCAAGUUAGUGAGGUUAGCUCUUGGCAUGCCUAAAAAAUAUGUAAAUAGGAAUCGUUACAGAAACUUGGACUGAAUUUUUUAGAUUGAGAAUUAAUAUUCAAAGAAGGUAGACAUUUUCUGAUAGAAAUACAAAAACAGGAAAUAAGGAACCCGAUGGCUAGGAUUCAAGCAAAACACCUGGUUUUGAAACUUCUGGGAGCAAUCCUGAGUGGUUCUCUUGUUGCGGUUUUAAUUCUGGUUUUGGCGGAACCAAGUUUGACGCAAGAAGGUUCAAGGACUGGUGGAACCGAGUCUCAUCGUGCAAUGAGAAUGUUGAGUCUUGUACGAGAAAAAGGCCGAGUAGGGUAUACGCAUGUUUGGCCGGAGAUGAGAUUUGGCUGGAAAAUUGUGAUGGGUAGCAUAAUUGGAUUCUUUGGAGCAGCAUGUGGGAGUGUGGGAGGUGUUGGUGGUGGUGGUAUUUUUGUUCCAAUGCUUUCCCUGAUCAUUGGGUUUGAUACCAAAUCAGCCACAGCGAUGUCAAAAUGUAUGAUCACAGGAGGAGCAGCUGCGACCGUUUACUACAACUUGAAGCUGAGACAUCCGACCCUUGAACUGCCCGUCAUUGACUAUGACCUAGCGCUUUUAUUUCAACCGAUGUUGGUGCUUGGAAUUAGUAUUGGAGUCGCUCUCAAUGUGAUUUUUGCUAACUGGAUGAUUACAAUUUUGCUGAUUGUUCUCUUCAUAGUGACGUCGACUAAGGCCUUCUUCAAAGGUGUUGAAACAUGGAAAAAAGAAACCAAAACUAAAAAGGAGGCUACUAGAAGCUUGGAAUCUAAUGAUGACAGAAAUGAAGAGGUUGACGGUGAACCUCCUCCUGGUGGCCCCACAGUUGGUGCUCAAACAGAAACCAAGGAAUAUAAAAGGGAGCAGGUCUCCAUUAUUAAAAAUAUUUACUGGUGGGAACUUGCACUUCUUGUUGCUGUCUGGUUGAUCAUCCUUGCAUUGCAGAUUGGCAAGAAUUACUCGACAACCUGUUCAGUCGCAUAUUGGUUAUUGAACAUAUUGCAGAUCCCGGUAGCUUUUGGAGUAAGUUCAUAUGAGGCAUUUAACCUGUACAAAGGGAGAAGAAAGAUUGCAUCCAAGGGAGAUGCAGUCACAAACUGGAAGAUACGCCAGCUUGUUCUUUAUUGUUUCAUAGGCCUGUUGGCUGGUAUUGUUGGUGGGAUGCUUGGACUUGGUGGAGGAUUCAUUUUGGGCCCUCUUUUCCUGGAGAUGGGAAUCCCCCCUCAGGUGUCGAGUGCCACAGCCACCUUUUCCAUGAUGUUUUCUGCGUCCAUGUCUGUCGUGGAAUAUUACCUUCUCAAGCGUUUCCCAGUUCCUUAUGCUCUUUACUUCUUCGCUGUCGCUACUCUUGCUGCCUUGGUCGGUCAACACGUGAUAAGAAAGCUGAUCAGCAUAUUGGGAAGAGCAUCGCUGAUCAUAUUCACUCUGGCCUUCACUAUCUUUGUAAGCGCAAUAUUACUAGGUGGUGUUGGCAUAGCUCGCAUGGUCAGAAGGAUAGAGAGGAAGGAGUACAUGGGAUUUGAAAACAUUUGUUCCUAGGGACCUUUGUCUCCAAAGUUUACCAUUAUUUUCUAGCUGAACUUGGCUUCUUUUAUCCCCUGUAGGACCAGCAAUUGGCAGUGCCCUUGUGCGCUAACACUAAAUCUCAAUUCCAUUUUGCUUUAUAAUUUUUUAAAUUGUCAAUAAAACUCAACAAAACUGCAAGCCCCCUGUUUU